AGGUGACGUGUGUUCCGUCUGGUUGCUUCCGUCUGCUCUCGUCUGGCGAUUCUGGCGAUUCUGGCAUGUGUGCAUGUCUGCACAUGUGAUCUCACCGUCAUUUUGCAAUAAGACAAUAAGUCACGCGAAACAUGUCAAGUAUUUUGCUCGCCUUCUUCCUCUGCACUCUCCACUUUGGGACUGGUCUAUAUUUUCAUAUCGGUGAAACUGAACGAAAAUGCUUCAUCGAAGAGAUCCCCGACGACACUACGGUUUUGGUCAAUUACAAAGUGGAGCUUUACGAUCCAAGAAGCGGAGGUUUCAUGCCAAGUAGCCCUGGCAUUGGUAUGCACGUCGAAGUGAAGGAUCCCGACGACAAACCUAUCCUCUCCCGAGUUUAUAGCUCCGAGGGUCGAAUUUCCUUUACCUCGCAUACCCCGGGAGAACACGUAAUCUGCCUGUACUCCAACAGCACCGCUUGGUUCAGCGGUACUCAAUUGAGAGUACAUCUGGAUAUUCAAGUGGGGGAACACGCCAUCGAUUAUGCCAAUGUAGCGCAGAAGGAGAAGUUGUCGGAGCUCCAGCUUAGAAUACGCCAGCUCCUCGAUCAGGUCGGGCAAAUAACCAAGGAGCAAAACUACCAGAGGUAUCGGGAAGAGCGCUUUAGGCAGACAUCCGAGAGCACUCACCGUCGUGUUUUCUGGUGGUCCCUCACGCAGACAGUGGUUGUUCUCAUUAUGGGUGCGUGGCAAAUGAAGCAUCUCAAGAGUUUCUUCGAAGCAAAGAAAUUAGUUUAAUUACUUUAUGGAUAUCUUAGUAAUUCAUUUCCGCCCAAGUCGAAAUUUCAUUCGUUAUAUGUCAAUGCUUAUUGAAUCGACACUUUUGUACAAAAUUAUCUCAGUUAUUUCCUACAGUGAACAAAUUAUUUGUGACGCAUAAGUAAGUUGUGUAGUAACUUGUAAGAAUUAAGUAUUUCCAUCUACAUAAAAUCUCACAUCUUCUCAAA